UUCGCAUGUGGCUGUGGAUUGAUGAACGUGAGCGACCGUUAGUCGCAGUGGACACGGGUGACGAACAACAACAAGUUGGAGCUGUGACUGUGCAAGUGAAAGGCGCGCUGCUCCCACACGGAUCACGGAUCACGGAUCAGUAGCUGAAAGCAACGGGCAAUUGGAUUUUAAUGCGGAACUGCAAGUGACAAGAAUAAGUGUGAUCUUUGUGUUUGAUGUGUGAUGCAAUUUCUGAUUCCGAUUAAUUACAAACAAGCAUUUGUUAUUAAUGGCAAAUUUCUGGCCACCGACUAUGCUUUGAAUAAUGCACAAAAUCUGAAAAGUAAAUUCGUAAAGUGACCAAAAGUACCACACACAAAAAUAAAGUGUGAAAAGUGCGUGAUAAUUAUUGAACAAAAGCCAUCGAUCGCUUGCCAAAAUGUGCUAAUCAGAUUUCAGCUGUGGUUCAGCAACUCACCUGUCUACAGUUAGCCCGUAACUACGUUAAGAGCGAAGCGAAACGCCAAACCAAUCGAAAUCCAAUCAGGCAACCCAACUGGCGUCGCGCCGGCAACAAGCGCCGUCAAUUUGUACAAAUUUCAUGCCUUAAUUGAAACUAACAAUACGUCCAAGUGUGAUUAUUUAACGGUUAACCCAAACUCCCUGCCACCCGAUUACAAUUAAGAAAAAAAAAAUAUAUAUAUAUAUAUGAAUAUAUAUAAAUAUUAAUUCACACAACAGAGAAAGUACUGAAAUUGGAUUUGGAGUAGCUUAUGAGUAGCUGGGAUAGCUAAAAGCAGAAACAAUUGUGGAGUUCUUCAAUCUGGAAAUGGACCCAGAGUCGCAGUGCCCGCAGUACGGCGAAGUGAAUCAGCUGGGCGGCGUCUUUGUGAACGGCCGGCCGUUGCCGAAUGCGACGCGCAUGCGGAUCGUGGAGCUGGCCCGGCUGGGCAUUAGACCCUGCGACAUCUCGCGCCAGCUGCGCGUGAGUCACGGCUGUGUGUCGAAGAUCUUGGCGCGUUACCACGAAACUGGCUCCAUACUGCCGGGCGCCAUUGGCGGCUCGAAGCCGCGUGUCACCACGCCCAAGGUGGUCAACUAUAUACGGGAGCUGAAACAGCGCGAUCCGGGCAUCUUUGCCUGGGAGAUACGUGAUCGCCUGCUCAGCGAGGGCAUAUGCGACAAGACGAAUGUGCCCAGCGUGAGCUCCAUUUCGCGCAUACUGCGCAACAAGCUGGGCAGCAUUGGUCAUCAUCAUAGUGCUGGUAAUGGUGGAUCCGCAUCCCUUGGCAUGGGCAGCAACGGCAGCAGCGGCAACGGCGGCAAUAGCAAUGUUGCAGCCAAUGGCAGCGCCGUUCAGCACACACACUCCGCGCACCAGCAUCAUUAUCAUCACCAGCAUACGGCAGCCGCGGUGGCGGCCAGUGCACAUCAUGCGCACGCCCACGCCCAUCUGUACAAUUCCAUCUACCAGCCGUAUACCGCGGCGGCUGCCUAUAGCAUGAAGGCCGUCUCCUGCGGCAGUCCCUCGCCGCCGCAGUCGGCGCAGACGCAUCAGCUGCGCAGCGUGGCCGCCGCCCACUGGCCCUCGUCGCACUCGGUGACCGACAUACUGGCGCAUCACCAGGCCGUUGCCCUGCGCGCCAGCUGCCAGGGCAACACAGUCUCUCCGCUGCCGAUGACGCCGUCGCCGGUGACCGCCGCCACCGGCGGACAGCCGCUGCUAGACUGCGAGGGCGGAGCGGCACAACAGCCGCCGUACAACUACUAUAUGUACUUUCAAAAUGGCGGCAUGCAUCAUCACCAUCACCACGGAGGCAUGAUGACGGCCGGGGCAACUGGCUUAUGAGGCGACGGCUCCCAGCUCCCAGCUACCAGUUCCUCCUGGAUCGUUUGAUGUAAGUUGGACUGGUUUCGAAUCGCGUCCAAUUGUAAGUAAGCGCAGCUCGAAUUGUUAGUCAGGCAUGUGUGAAGGGUUUAACGACGAUAUAUCUAUAUAUAUAUAUAUAUAUACAUAAUCAUAUAUGAUACAUAUACGAGAAUAUACUUAGUGUAAGGCUUACUCUAAGGUCCGUACGCCAAUGUCCAGCUCGCACGUAAAACUAACAACUCCCACAUAAGAAUUGACUAAAUAGGGUUUAGUUAGACAUUGGGCAAAGGGUCUAAAUGAUUUUAAAAUAAUUGCUAGGUGUAGUACAGGUGUGCGCCAUGGAGCUCUCUGCUUAAACGAAUUUGAUGUAAUUUUGGAGAUUUUCUUUUCAUUUUUUUUUUUACAAUUAUAGGCAACUUUUUAAUUGUUAAAAAAGCAAAAAUAAAGUAUUGAGUUGUGUUAUAAAAUGUAUAAACUUUAUUAAACCUAGGUUCUUGUUCUCAUAAUUA